GAAAGUUAGCGCUCGAAGAGUGAAGAUGAUGUAAGUUGGCUGUGUGAGAAACAUUCGCGGUUUUAGUGUAAAUAAUGUUGUGUGAGAACAAUUAAAAUGUGUUGACAUUUGAAACAUCGUAAGUGUUGCUUUUUAACUUAACGUUUUGAUAGUUUUUUAUAUCAUAAAUAAACAUGUUUCGAUGUAUUCCGAUAUUUGGUGGCUGUAAUAGACAAGUAGAAUAUAUUGACAAAAGACAUUGCAAUUUACUGAACGUACCUGACGACGUGCUACGUUAUGCUCGAACUUUAGAAGAAUUACAGUUAGAUGCUAAUCAUCUGAAAGAGUUGCCAAGGGGACUUUUUCGUUUAGUUCGUUUGAGGAAACUUUCUCUAAGUGACAACGAAAUCUGUCGUUUGCCCCCAGAUAUCGGAAAUUUGGUCAACCUGGUAGAAUUAGAUGUUAGCAAGAAUGUCCAUAGGAGAAUAUCGGUCAGGGGCGUGACCUAGAGGUUAGCGCGCUUGAAAUGUAAAUACAAGGGUUCGUGGU